AUGUUUGUCCCUACUAGGAGUUUGUGUGCAUCGACUGGAGAUCUUCUUAAAGAGUGUCAAUCAGAGGUAUUGGCGAAAGCCAUCAAGUCCGCUCGUGAAUGGCAGAAUGCUAACACAAGCAUCAAAACCCCUUCUGAUUCUACUAAAGACUGUCUAAGACUAGAAACCCAGAACUCCAUACCAGCGGUCUCUCAGGGCUCGGCUUCGACUGAGGUGGCGUCUGUGCUGAUUGCGGAAGCGCUGGCAUUGAAGGCAGCCAUGAAAGCUGCUAUUGAUCUCAACAUUAAAGACUUGAUUUGUUUCUCUGAUUCAAAAAGUUUCAUCUCUCUAAUCACAGGAAACAAGUCUGUGAUUGCUCUACAAAGAAUUCUCCAUGACAUCUGCGUGUUGAAUCUUUUCUUGAACUCUAUCUUCUUUAAGUUUAUUAAUCGGUCAUGUAAUUCGGCUGCUGAUCAGCUGGCGAAGAAUGUUCUAUUUUCUCAAAACUCUGUUUUAGAGAUGUAA